AUGGGUCUCACCUCCCAACUGAUCCCAAUGCUAGUCUGCUUACUGGCAUGUACCAGCAACUUCGUCCACGGACACAAGUGCGAUAUUACCUUACAAGAGAUCAUCAAAACGCUGAACAUCCUCACAGCAAGAAAGAACUCGUGCAUGGAGCUGCCUGUAGCAGACGUCUUUGCCGCCCCAAAGAACACAACUGAGAAGGAAACUUUCUGCAGGGCCGCGACUGUGCUUCGGCAUAUCUACAGAUCCCACAAGUGCUUGAACAAACCCCUGAAUGGACUUCACAGGAACCUCAGCAGCAUGACAAACAUGACUUGUUCUGUGAAUGAAGCCAAGAAGAGUACGUUGAAAGACUUCUUGGAAAGGCUAAAGACGAUUAUGAAGGAGAAAUACUCAAAGUGUUGA